UUAUGAUUCUGAUAGACGCUUUCCUGCUUGGGGCUUUGGUGGAAGAACAUAUGACGGUUCUAUAUCUCAUUGUUUUAACUUAAAUGGAGGUGCAAGUGGCUUUGAGGUUGAAGGAGUAGAAGGCAUCAUGGCUGCUUAUGGUAGUGCUUUGAGGAACGUUGCACUUGCUGGACCCACUUUAUUCGGUCAAGUGAUCAACACUGCUGCAGAAAUAGCUGGUCGUUCGCUCUCCCAGGACAGCAGCAAGUAUUUUGUCUUGCUUAUUAUAACGGAUGGAGUCCUUACUGACCUCCAAGAAACUAAAGAUGCUUUGGUGAUGGCAUCUGAUCUACCCCUAUCCAUUCUUAUUGUUGGAGUGGGUGGUGCAGAUUUCAAACAAAUGGAGAUCCUUGAUGCUGACAAUGGACAUCGAUUGGAGAGUUCUACAGGGAGGAUAGCUACACGAGACAUUGUACAGUUUGUUCCAAUGCGUGAUGUACAUGGUGGACAGAUAUCAAUUGUUCAGAGUCUAUUGGAAGAGCUACUUGGUCAGUUCUUGACUUACAUGCGGUGUAGAGACAUCAAACCGCACACUGUUAAUCUCCCCCAAGCUCCUUUUCAAGAUCAUCCUGUCUAGAGCUCUAAAAAGAACUUUGAAGAAGUGGAGUAAAUAUCUCUUUUUUCUCUUCAUGCUUAUGAAUAUAUGGUAUAUAAAUAUAAUAGAAUAGAGAAAAAAUUGUACAUGUUUGGUAAGGGCAAAAUACUCUUUUGGUUUAGCAAGCAGUGUUUUGAAUUCUUUUAAGCAUGUGGUAUAAGAAAUAAGAUAGGCAAAUGGUGGUUUAUGUUCAUUUUAGUGUUUUCAGAUUGUUUUGUGUAUUGUUAAGGUUCUCAAGGUUGGGGUUUUAAAAAUGGUCCGUAUAUUGGAUAUCAUAUAUUCAUGCUGGCCAAGAAUU